GUGGUAUGAAAGAAUACGGAUUGCAAUACGAACAAACAACUGCUUCACACUUGGGAACGAACAAAGAAAAAACUCCACUCACGGAUACAGAAAAUUCAAAGUAGAAUAAUGAAUAACGAUAAAAAGAUAGCAAUGAACAAUCUGGCAGAAAAAAAGGACUUGCAUGAACUGAACAAAUCAUUAGAUAUAGAAUUGGAAAAGCUGAAAAAGAAAAAAAAAGAAAAAGAUGACAUUAUGAAAGCAUUACACAAGUACAAUGACAUUAAAGAUGCUACUCAAGAAGUUUUGGGAAGAUUAGCUAUUUUAGAAGGAGUAACUGUAGCAGAAAUGCAUCGAAAAUAUGAUUUACUCGAAUCCGAUUAAAUAUUACUAUUAUAAUUAAAGACAUUUUUACUUAAUCAAUUUUUAUAUUUAAAAAAUAAUAUUUUCAUUAUGGUACUUAACUUUAAGAUUUAAUUGACUUGUUUUAAAUUUGCUCAAUUAAUUUUGAAGCAAUAUAAUAUAUAAUAUUAAUUAUAUUAUAUUCAUUUAAUUAUUAUGCUUUAAUCAUAGAUAUAUGGAUACUGUUACUAUUCACUUUAAGUUGAAUUAAUUGAGUUUAUAUCUAGUUUUUGAUGUGUAUCUACAAAAAAAAGUUUUAAAAAUGCUAUGUUCUAUUAAAAUUCUCAGGACAUUUUUAAGUAUUUAUAAAUGUAAUUAAAUAUACCUUAUUCAGUGAUUAAUUAGUUAUAAAUUAGUACUUGUUAAAUAAUUUAGCAAACUUAGUUUUACUUAGAAAAUUUUUUUUUAUGUAUACAUACAAAUAUUCAUAAAAAUUAUUAAGAUUUUAACUACUAUUCAUGUAUUUUUUGAGAAUUCAUUGAAUUUAAGAUUGUACAUUUGUACUCCUAGUACAAUUAUAAUAAUUAUAUAUUAAUAUAUAUAUAAAAAUUUUUAAUGUUUAAUUAUUUUAUAUUAAGUAUAUCUUUGCUUAUUUAUGUAAUAAUAAUAAGUUUUGACUUUAAUCUAAGUUAAGUACAUCCAUAAACAUAUUAAAAGGCUUUUCUAACUAUAAUCUGUUUUUCAAAAUGAUCAUAUUUAUUCUUAUUUUACAGACAAUUAGUUAUAAAAUAAUCUGCAUUUUAUAAAGUUUCAAAGUUGCUAUGUAUAGUAAUCUAUUUAUUAAAAAUAAAAUUCUAAUCUUCAAUAAUUAAUGUACAUUUAGAAUCAUUGUUACAAUGUAAAAAAGUUAGAAUAUAUAUUAUAGUAUAAUAUAGUAAAUCCAAUAUUUUAAUUUAAUCACCUUUUGAAAACAUUAAUUAAAUCAAUGAUAUAAGGCAGGGAUGGGCAACUGGCCCAAAAUUACUUCAUAUAAUUCUCAACUACAGACAUAGAAGUGGAUUUUACUAAAUUGUCUAUUGAAAAACCUCAUCCUCAAGUAUCACAUUAAAUAAUAAUUGUAAAUAUAAAUAAUAAAGAUAAAAAAUAAAUGUUAGUAAAUUUGAA